AUGUUGUCGUACUUCUUUGGUGGAUCGUCUGGUGGCGGAAAAAAUAAGGACUUGCCCAAACUGGCUAUUGUGGAGUUGAGGGAACAGAUUAACUUGCUUACGAAGAAACAAUCACAUCUGCAAACGCAGAUUCUGAAGCAGGAGAACGAUGCUAGGGCUUUCCUUGCGAAGAACAAUAAGAACCUGGCUAAGAAUUCGUUGAAGAAGAAAAAAAUUUAUGAAGGCCAGCUGGUGAAGCUGGAAGGCCAGAUGGAGACGCUGGAACAGCAGCUGUUUUCGAUCGAGAGCGCGAAUUUGAACUUGGAGACGAUGAGGGCGAUGAAACAGGGCGCCAAGGCGAUGAAAUCGAUGCACAACGGGCUCGAUCUCGACAAGGUGGACGAGACGAUGGAGGAGAUCAGGGAACAGGUGGAGCUCGGAGAGGAGAUCAGCGAUGCGAUCUCGAGGCCCAUGUACACGGGAGCCAACGAGGUGGACGAGGAGGAGCUGGACGAGGAGCUGGAUAUGUUGGCGCAGGAGGCUGCGUUGAGCGAGGCUCGUCAAACGUCCGGCGCGCAGAGCGUGUCGCUGCCCAGCGCUCCGCGCGAGAAGAUACAGUCGAGCGAGAAGCAGGAGCCACGGCGGACGGAGCCGGUGCAGGAGCAGGAGGAGGAAGAGGAAGACGAGGACGAGCGUGCAUUGAGGGAGCUACAGGCGGAAAUGGGGUUAUAG